CUUUUAGUUGAUAUAAAAGAAGAGAAGAAGAAGAAAAAGAAAGAUAGCACAAAAAAGCUUCUCAUAUAGCUAAAAAUCACUUUGAAGAAUAUGAAGCUAAUUAGAGUCACCCUCUUUCUUUGUGCACUAGCCAUUUUAUUGCUUGUAACUCCAACAUCUUCUCUACAACUUAAACAUCCCUACUCAUCUCCUAGCCAAGGUUUAAGCAAAAAGAUUGUUACGAAAAUGGCGACGCGAAAGCUCAUGAUCAUCUCUAGUGAAUAUGUGAUGACAUCAACAUCUCAUGAAGGUUCAAGCGAACAACUUCGAGUCACUUCUUCAGGAAAAUCUAAGGAUGAAGAGAAGAAACUAAGUGAAGAAGAAGAAGAGAAAAAAGCUCUAGCGAAAUAUCUAUCGAUGGAUUAUCGUACGUUUAGAAGAAGAAGACCAGUUCACAACAAGGCUUUACCUCUUGAUCCAUGAAAACAUUAUAUUAUUUCAAAAUAACUAAUAAAAGUUCUAGCUAGAUUAAUAUUUGUUAUUAGGAUGGUUAUUGGUUAAUUGGUUGUAGUAACGUAGUUUAGUUUCUUUGGACCAUUGAGGAACAAGUUUUGGCGAUAUUAUUGUAAUUAAAGGAACAUGUUCGUGUUAUUUUUCUUAUAUUAAUGAUAAUGGCCGACAAAACACUAAAACUCUGGUUUGGGGUUUGAGCUUAUUUGCUCUUCGUUUCACGCACUGUAACAUGGUGGUUGAGUUGGUUACA